AUGAUUUUUGCUAAUACUGGAAAGCCACUAAGGACUCCGUAUCGCAAACAGCCACCUGUUUCCCCAUCGUCACACCCCAUGGCUCCACCCAGCCCGAGCAACAACAGCAGCAGCAGCAGUAGCACUGCAGGCUGGGACCAGCUCAGCAAAACAAACCUCUACAUCCGAGGCUUGUCCCCUUCAACCACGGACCAUGACCUGGUCAAGCUCUGUCAGCCGUAUGGCAAAAUUGUGUCAACAAAGGCCAUCCUGGACAAGACUACAAACAAAUGUAAAGGUUAUGGCUUUGUGGACUUUGACAGCCCCGCUGCAGCUCAGAAAGCUGUGGCUGCCCUGAAGACCACUGGUGUCCAAGCUCAGAUGGCAAAGCAACAAGAACAAGACCCGACAAACUUGUACAUCUCCAACUUGCCUAUGUCUAUGGAUGAGCAGGAACUGGAGAACAUGUUAAAGCACUUCGGUCAGGUCAUAUCCACACGCAUCUUGAGGGACUCCAGUGGGCGCAGCAGAGGGGUGGGCUUUGCAAGGAUGGAAUCAACCGAAAAAUGUGAUGCAGUCAUUUCUCACUUCAAUGGAAAGUUUAUUAAAAUACCUGCCGGUGUUCCAGCACCAUCUGAACCUUUGCUGUGCAAGUUCGCUGAUGGUGGACAGAAAAAGCGACAAAGUCAGAAUAGAUUUGUCCUGAAUGGUCGUGUUUGGGGAAGGGACGGUGACUCCAGACUGGCUGGAAUGACACUCACAUAUGACCCCAGUGCAGCUGCUAUGCAAAAUGGAUUUUUCCAGCAAGCGUACAGUAUUUCAAACCGGAUGAUGGCUCAAACGUCCAUGUCUCCUUACAUGUCUCCGGUUUCAACAUACCAGGUGCAGAACCCAUCCUGGUUGCCUCAUCAACCGUACAUCAUGCAGCACCCGGGUACUGUGCUAUCGCCCUCUAUGGACCCAUCUAUGUCACUACAGCCUACUUCCAUGUUGGCCCCUCUUGCGCAGCAGAUGAGUCACCUCUCAAUGGGCAAUGCAGGAACGUUCAUGGCCGCCAACACAGCUAUGCAAGGAGCAUAUAUCCCACAGUAUGCACACAUGCAGACAUCAAAUGUUCCUGUAGAGGAAAAUGGUGCACACUCACAAGUGGACACAUCCGGCAAUCAUUCCCCAUAUUCCUACCAACAAACCAAGUAGUUCUGAGGACACAAGUGACUCUGCAAACAAGAUUGCAGUUUGGACAGUGUGCCUUUUUUGUACAACUUACGUUCAAUUUUCAUAGGUAUUAGUAUACAGUACGGACACACACAAGCAUGAAGGAAGGCCUGGAUCCAACAAGUGCCACAGAUUUAUUUCAUACUUACAGAAAAAUUGAACAUUGUAGUAAAGAUUAAGUUAAAAAGAAAGGAAGUUUAAACUAUGAAAGGACAGUGCUAUGACCUUCUUAAAAAGCCUGUGAUUCGACCUGGUGGUCAGUCAGACCAGUUAUCUACCUCAGAGUUUUCUUUCUCCUCUGUACUAGGUCGGGUUAGCAGGUCCAGCCCGCCCUUCCAGACCAAAUGCCAUGCUCAGGAGCUGGCCACAUACAGCUGUUUCCUUAGAGGUUGUUUUGAAUACUUUUUGAUUUCCUUCACACCUAUUUUUUUAUGAUGUAUUAUUGUAAUCAUUAGGGUGGGCGACGACAUGUCUCAUGUUCACACAUUCAGUUUCAUGAUUUUUUAAAAGAGCUGCUGCUGCUGCUGCUGCUGCUGCAAUAGAUUCCAGAGGUUGAAUUAAAAAUGUUAAAGACCAACAAUGACAACAAAGCGCUGUGGUGCUAACUGGAUCUGUGCUCCUUUUAAACAAACUAAAUGUGCGUUGCUUUGUCGAGGCUCUAGACUAACUCGCAGCAGCAUUUCCUCUGUAGUUAGCUCGGCUGUGCAACAAAUGUAAAGGGCCACUGAUUAUACUGGAGAUUUCUGCGUAAUGCCCGAGACUGAGAAGUAAUGCUGUCUUGUGAGGUUAAUGCUGCUAGUGGUGUCUGAACCAAGUGCCAUAGUAUCUGGGUCAAGAGUUGCAGAGGUGCACAUAAGAAAAAUUGCUCAUAUAAGUAACCACCAUGUUGAACAGUCAUUAAGUUAUAUGAAAAAAGUUCUAAUUUAUGAAGAUUGUUGUACAGACAGCUUGAGGAAAAAGAGAGAUUUUCAUAGAGCUAUAUAAAAGUUUGUUUUAAUUUUUUACUUGUGCCACACAUUUGCCAGUGGUUACUUGUAUGUACAGUUUGAGGAAUCUUUCCUCUGUAAUUUUGUUUCGUAGUGUUUGUUAAAGCCAAAGACUUUUGUUUUCUCAGUAGAAUGUUGCCUAAGGUUAAAUUUAUCUUUUAAUUUCUUUGACAUUUUUGAAUAAAACCUUCAAAAUUUUCAACUUUUAA